CUCGACCAAGACUUUGCCAAGUCCAUCUUGGACGCCCACAACAAGGUCAGAGCCCAGCACUCUGCCCCAGACUUGUCUUGGGACCAAGAGGUCUACAAGUACGCCCAAGCCUACGCUGACAAGUACGACUGUUCCGGUGGCUUGACCCACUCUGGUGGUAAGUUUGGUGAAAACUUGGCCGUCGGCUACCUGACCGGUGAGUCUGCCUUGGAAGCUUGGUACGACGAAGGUAAGUCUUACGACUACUCUGCUGCCUCCACCUACGACCACUUCACCCAAGUUGUCUGGAAAUCCACCACCAAGCUCGGAUGUGCCUACAAGGACUGCUCCGCUCAAAACUGGGGUAAGUACGUUAUCUGCUCUUACGACCCAGCUGGUAACUUUGUUGGACAAUCCAAGGCUAACGUCUUA